AUGUCUGCGAAGGAGCUGGCGAUGCAGGAGUGCAGCACAGAGCUGUGCCUGUCUGUCUACAUCAUCACCUUCGUGCUGGGCUUUCCGGCCAACGUGCUGGCCUUUUACACCUUCUGCACCAAAGUCCGCCAAAAGGCCACGCCCAUCGACAUCCUACUCCUCAACCUGACUAUCUCGGACCUCCUCUUCCUGCUUUUCCUGCCCUUCAAGAUGCAGGAGGUGAUGAACAACAUGCUGUGGGAGAUGCCCUAUGCGCUGUGCCCGCUGUCAGGCUUCAUCUUCUACAUGACCAUCUACAGCAGCACCUUCUUUCUGACUGCCGUGAGCGUGGAGCGCUACCUGGGCGUGGCGUUCCCCAUUCAGCACAGCCUGAAACGCCGGCCACUCUACGCCGUCGCCGCCAGCGUCUUCUUUUGGAUUUUCUCCUUCAGCCACCUCAGCAUUGUCUUCAUAAUGCCGUUUAUUGGAACGCCUGUCAAUGCCACGGCGGAAUCCAACGUCACCACUCAGGCUCUGUUUCCGGCUCCGGAGGAGGUUUGCUACGAUAACUUCUCUGACGCCCAGCUGGAGGUACUCCUGCCUGUCCGUCUGGAGCUGUGCCUGGUUCUCUUCUGCAUCCCCUUCCUCAUUUGCAGCUUCUGCUACAUCAACUUCAUCGGAAUCCUGUCGCGAUUGCAGCACAUUGACCGGCGGCGGCGUCUCCGUGCCAUCGGCAUGGCGUUGGGCACACUUCUGGUUUUUGCUGUGUGCUUUGGUCCCUACAACGUGUCCCACGUGGUGGGUUUUAUCACCUGGCAGAACCCCGACUGGAGGGACAAGGCCCUGCUUUGCAGCACCUUCAACGCCUGCCUGGACCCGCUCAUCUUUUACUUCUCGUCGUCGGCCGUGCGGCGUACGGUGGGCAGCGUGACGGAGGGGUUGAGGGCUCGCCUGAGCGGGUGCCUGUCAUACCGCCCCCCCGUGGCGGGUCUCGAAGGAGAGCGGGCACGAUAA